AUGUCUGAUGUUCCAUUGCUCGUAAAACAUGAAACAAAUUUUGAUAUGACUUUGUUUGUGAACUCUAAAAAUAAACUUAAUGUUUCAAAAACACGAAUGAUGCUUAAUUCAUAUGCAUUAAAAGAAUUAAGGCGCAAAAACAUCACCUGCAUUCAUCAAAAUAUUUAUGAACCAUCGUUAUCUUCUCGUUAUCUAUAG